AUGUGUAUUAACAAUCCUAAGGAUAUGAUUAAAUUUUAUGAGCUGUCCAAAUCUCAAUUAGUUUUUACUGUAGUUCAACAGCACAGUGAUAAUCCAUCAAAAUUCGAUGCAUUAUUAACAACAUCAGUCUAUUCACAAACAAUGACGGAAGAAAAAGCUCAACAAAAAGACCAAAAUGUCGUUUGUCCAGUAUAUAAAUAUGCACCAAAAAUGGGUAGUUGUUUGGGAAAAGAUGAUAUUUUACUAUUUCUUCCAACAAAAAUCGAUAAGAAAAGUAUAAAAAUACACUUCGAAAAUUCUUGUUGGUCUGCACAAGUUCAAGAUUUUGAUAUUAAAGACAAAAUGAUAUCGUUCAAAUCACCACCAUAUACAUUUGAAAAUUUUAGCGUGCCAGUUAGUGUCGACAUUGUUUUAUCUCAGAAUCAAAGCAUCGUUCAACGUUUUCAGUUCUAUUAUAUGCCACAAAAUAUUUGUAAGUACAACAAUUCUUUUGAAAAAGUAGAAACGCAGGUAAACUGAUUUUCUACGCUUAAUCAUUAUUCAAACUUUGCUUAAUCAAUGUUGUUAUUAGUAUUGAAGUGUACUUUGUUUGCUUUCGAAAGGCAAACAAAACUUUAAGUUUCUGAUAUCUUUUUCGAAAGCAUCUUUGUCUUGUCUCCAUAAGUUAUGGUCAGAAAUUGUAGAAUGUUUGUUUAUCAAAAUUUUAGUCACUAAAAACUAUGUUUCUUAACUUUUGUAGGAUGAUAUGAUCGACUAUCUUGAGUGUAAUUGUGUUUUCAAAGUUUGAUAACUUUGCUUUGUGGAAUAAAAUGUUUGCUCUAGUAUCCCACUUUAACAUAGAUCAGACUGGAAAUCGGCAUAUUACAAAAUGCAGCCAAAGGCUUUCAAAAUACUUGAGUCAAUUAUGAAACGUGAGCGGCAAUCUCAGUUCAUGUAAAUCGUGCAUUCGGAUAAAAACACAGCCGGUUCCAUUUUCUUAGAUCACAAAUAUUUUCAUUUCCGGUUUCCAGUGUACUUGCAUCAUUUAACAUAUUUCGUAAUUAGCCAUACUAUGUUAAAUGAUUGCGACUGAAUUUCGUAGUAUGUGGAUUCCCAGUCAGGUCUAUGUUGAAAUGGGGUACUAAAGCAAACGUUUUAUUCCAGGAGAAAAAUGAUCAAACUUUGAAAAAGACAAUCAUACUCAAGAUAGUUGAUCAUAUCAUUCUACAAUAAGAAAUGGGUGAUUAAGCGCAAUUAGUCAGCCGAUUAAUUGAGUGAUUAUCGCGGGUUUUAAACAGUUUGCUAAUUAGUCGGGAUUUUCGGGAAAAGUUGUCGAUAAAUCUCGAUUGAGCGCUAUUAUUGCAGGUAAUCGUUGACUUUGCUAAAAAAAUACACGAUUUCAAAUAUAAUGGCGCUCAAUCGAGAUUUAU